AUGCAGAAACCAAAUCCGAAGAGUUUUGAUUCUUUUGUCAAGAGAUCAAUUUCCCCAAAUAUAAAGAGUUUUAAAUUGACAAUCGCGGAUCAUGAUCAGCCUUCCGAAUCCAUUCCAAGAAAGAAUGUCUUGUCUCAAUCAUUUAGAGCGGAGGAACCAUCUGCCUUGUUGCAACAAUCCUCGGCUGCUGCAUCUCACCUCAAUGCCGAUAUUCGCUUUGAAAAGACACAUCACGAGCUGCAGAAACAUCGCCAUCAUCAUUCGUUGUUACCACCUCUUCAAGGAAGUAAUGUGAGUUCUCCAAAGAAUAACAACGUGGUACCUCCUUUCAAAACCUUUCCUUUUUCCUCUCAAAGAGAAAGUUAUAAUGUUGGUGACAUGGAUUUUCCAAUUCCUCAACUGUCGGCGGAGAAUGCUGGUGAGUUGUACUACAAGCACUUUAGAACUUUGGACAAAGGCGUUAGAGAUCCGAUAUGUUGGGAUGAAUCUAAACAGUCGGAACUUAUUCCAAACAAACCAUCAGUGGUUAAGAAGAUGAGUGAGGUCUUUAUUUCAAAAUUCGACAAACCAGUUCAACAAUUCAUUAAGGAAAACUCGGCAUGUGAAAGCGAUGAUUUGGUUGAAAAGGAUCACAAAGAUCACAAGAUAUUUCGAAGUGAAACGUUUGUCACAUCCAACCCCACAGCAGACUUUGAAAAAGUUCAACUUUUUAAACGAGAAGAAUAUAGAAAUGGAAAACCAAGGAAGGCGGAAAUAGUAACCCUAGAAAAGAAAGAAUUGCGAAAAGCUCUAAAAAUUCACGGUGAUGCCUCAACAAUUUACAAUGAGGAAGGAGAAUUUCAUAAACAAUUAGGCCCAAGACAAAAGAGAGCCUUACUCAAGGCUGAGGCAGAAAGAGAAGAAUUUUUGAAAUUGGAAAGGGACAUUCGAAGAAAGAAAAACAAAUUUAUGAGAAUUGUCAAAUCAGGUUAUCGGCAUGGAGUUCUAAAUGUUCAAGACGACAUGGACAUUUUCAAUAAGGAUGACGACAUCACUAACAGAGGAACCAAAUCUGAAGGUUCCAGAUCACGUAAAGAACGGCUCAAUAAAAUGUCAAAUUCAGAGAUUGGCAGGAUGACGUUGAAACCUCAUGAAUUUCCUGAGUCUUCGUCACAACCAUUCAUGCAACGAAAAGCAAAGACAGAGCUAAGUGAAAAGAUGUCUGGUGCAAAAGAUAUCAUUCUCCAGAAGGAACAGGAUUUGCAAAACUCGAAUCGUUUGCAAUUAAUUUUCAACAAUCAAACAAGAGGGCGAAAUUACAAUAUUAUUAAUUUGUCCAGACAUGAGCUUGAAGAUGUUGCAAUUCGAUAG